AUGCCGAAGUGCAGUUUGCAUAGACGCUUCAAGCAUGGAGAUAUACUAAGGCAUUCGAGUGCCAUAAAACUCCAUCUAAGUGAAGAAAAUAAAAAAGCUCGUCAGCGAUUUUGCAUAUCAAUGAUUGAAGGUAGUAGUAUACCACGUGAUCCAAUUUUCAAGAACAUGUUUAACAUCGUCCACAUUGACGAAAAGUGGUUUUACAUGACAAAAAAGUCUCAGUGCUACUACCUGCUAUCGGACAAAAAUUUCAUCGCAAAAGUGAUGUUUUUAAUUGCUUUAGCUCGUCCGAGGUUUGACGAUGAAGGAAAGGAAUUGUUCUCUGGGAAGAUUGGUUUAUGGGCGUUUGUCACGCGAGAACCAGCCAAAAGAGCAAGUGCCAAUAGACCUGCAGGCACAAUGGAGACAAAGGCAUUAACCUCAGAAUUUCGUCAAGUAGCCACUCAAGACGGGUUCGAUAUUCGUCUAAUGUGUCAACCUCCACACUCUCCCGAUUUAAAUAUUUUGGACCUCGGAUUUUUCAGGGCCAUUCAAUCCUUACAACACAAGGAGGCAUCUAAAAUAAUUGACGAGCUUAUUGGUGCUGUUGUGAAUGCGUAUGAAUCUUUUCUAGCAAUCAGGUCCAAUCACAUCUUUUUAACAUUACAAUCAUGCAUGGUAGAGAUCAUGAAAGAAAAAGGCUCAAAAAAGUACCAAACUCCACAUAUGAAGAAAGAGAUGUUGGAGAAGGAAGGUCGACUUCCUAUUCAACUAAAGUGUGAUCCCGAUUUAGUAGAAGAAACUCUCAGAUAUUUAGGUUCAGUUUAG